GCGGGGCCCGGCUGGCCCGCCCCCCGCCGCAGCGCGGCCCGUUGCCGUCGCUGCCGGGCGGGUCCGCGGGCCCUGCGCGCCCAUCCCGGCCGGACAUGGCCGAGAGCGGCCCGGGGGCGGCCGCGCCGAGGGACGAGGCCGCGGAGGAGCCCGAGGGCGGCGGGCGGCGCUGGGGCGCUCAGCACGCCGGGGCCCGCGAGCUGGCCGAGCUCUACUCGCCAGGAAAGAGACUACAAGAAUGGAUCUCUGUCAUCUUAUGCUUCUCUCUGAUCUGCUUCAAUUUUUACAAUCUCCUCUUCUACUUGAGACUGGAGCACACGCCCUCGGUUCUUGUUGGGAUUUUUGCAGGAGUGAUUACAGCUGACUUCCUCUCAGGAUUGUUCCACUGGGGAGCAGAUACCUGGGGAUCUGUGGAGCUGCCCAUCGUUGGGAAGGCUUUCAUCAGACCCUUUAGGGAACACCAUAUUGACCCCACAGCAAUCACCAGACACGAUUUCAUAGAGACCAAUGGAGACAACUGCUUCAUGACACUGGUCCCCUUGGCAAACAUGGCAUACAAAUUUGUUUCUUUUUCCCAAGAGGCCCUGUGUGAGAGCUGUCCCUGGGAGUGUUACGUCUUUGCCCUCAUCAUCUUCAUCACCAUGACGAACCAGAUCCACAAGUGGUCCCACACGUACUUUGGCCUUCCUCGCUGGGUCGUGUUCCUGCAGGACUGGCACAUCAUCCUGCCCAGGAAGCACCACAGGAUCCACCACGUGUCCCCCCACGAGACCUACUUCUGCAUCACCACAGGUUGGCUGAAUUAUCCGUUAGAGAAGAUAAGAUUUUGGAGAUGUUUGGAGAACAUCAUCCAAGGACUUACUGGGGAGAAGCCGAGAGCAGAUGACAUGAAAUGGGCUCAGAAAAUCAAAUAACUUUUGCCAGCCUUCUGCAAUCCUUAACUUGUUGCCAAUGUUGUUUUUAAAAGAAAAAAAAAAUUAAAUAAAGCCAUCAGCCAAAUUCAAGACCUGCAAAGAAAUAACAGACUCUAAAGCACAAACUAAAAAGUGCUAACACAGACUGCAACGAAAAGAACUAAUUCUUAAAACAAUACUUGAAAUGAAGAUGAUUACUCUCACUGAGCACCUUUUUGUGUAGCCAUGUCUGCUUACACCCUAGAACUCGCUUCGUCGCUGUAUCGUGAGGUCCCGGGCACGCAGAGGCAGCACAGGCACUCCGGGGGCACGUGGGGCAUAGCAAACAAUGUGUUGUAUCAACAUUAUUGAACACUUCCUAAACAGCUUGUUGCCUAAGAGCCUGCAGGGAGAGCGGUGACAAGUUUGUCACUUGAUGUCGGAGUGCAAGGGCACUGCGUGAGAGCAGUGGAAGCUCUGAAAUCAUGACUGUUCAGUGCCCUCGGUGAUCGAUCAAUGUUCAGCCUGAUUGUGUCAUGUGGAACUGACUCGGAGAAUCCUGCUCCUCCAGGGGCCACCAAUCCUCAAGUGUCUUCAGUUUCCCUUAAAACAAAAUUGUUCUACUCUCCACGUGGAAUUGAGCAAACAGUUUCUGCAUAAGCCUUCAACUUCAGGAGCCUCUGAGGAGGGGGAGGGCACCCUAUAACACAUGUGUCUGUUCAUGUGGAGUGCUCACUGCUGAGUCUUCUACUAAGUGUUUCCUACCCUGAGAAUAAAUGUUUGAAAUAGUUCUAGCAUUGGGCACACUGCAAAUAGCUGUAUUCAAGAGCUCAAGGUAUCAAAUUCGUAAUGUUAGAAGGGAAAUGUCAAUGACUGGUGUUUUGUUCUUUUUAUUUUUUUUUAAGGUGCUUGCUUGUUUCUGUAAAUAAUAUAAAGCCUUAAUCUCUUCUGGUGUAAUGGAAUAAUAUUUUAAUGUGAUGUUUGAAUGUAUAUAAUAUAUUUAUAACAAAGCAGUUGGAUAAUACUAAUCAUG